CUGGGACAUGUGUUGUUCUUACAUGUGCUCUUUUUGAUCCAGCUGCUGAGGGAAUCACUGCCGGUAGCAGCCUCACACAGCUAUUGUUGAGGGCACAGAGAGGACUCCACAUGGACACACACAUUUUAAAAAAAUGCCUCAAGAAAAGGGCACUUUGGCCACCAUCACAAAAUGAAAGCUCAUCUUUGGACACUGACUGAGAGAGAGAAGGACGAGAACAGAAGACAACUGUUCAGUUUUAAUUGUAAACAAGAUGGAGACAAAUUUUGUGUAUUGCCUGCUUUGCAAAAAGCCUCAAAAUUGCAUUCAAACACACCUGAGAAAAGUUUGCCUGAAAGACUGCACACCACAGGAACGUGAGGAAGAAGCUUCCAGAGCCAUUGACUCACAGAAGCUGUUUGGUAAUGAAGGUAGAGUCUGGAACUUCACAGAGCUCCAGGAGUACUGCAAGGAUGAAGAAGCUUGCAUUAAACUCUGCACUCGCCUUCAAUCACGUGGAUUUCUCAUCACGAACAGUCCCCAAGCAUGCCCGACAGUCGUGCCAACAGCGAGGCCUGAUAAGAAGAAAAUUCUUGCCGUGGCCAUGAAGGACAUCGACUAUUUCCAUGCAAGACUUUCAGGCGGUGAUUCCAUCCCCACAUUUGCAAUGACUACCUUCAGACAGUACUGCGAGGCCAUCCUGAUUUUACAGCAUGGACUGACAGCAAAUGCUGUUCAACAACUUUCUGUAGAGGAGUGGAUGGCGCGGAAAGCAGUAACUGAUGGUGCUGAGCUGAGUUCCACAGCAUUCAGUGGUAACUUGAUGAUAACCAGCCAGGAAGAACAAUUGUUGGACUGCUAUUUUAGGAACAUCCGUGCAGUGUCCUUGCAAAAUCAAGUUGCUGGCAGCGAUGACAGGGGCAAGUUCUUCCUAGGAGAAUGUGGGGUCCCACUGUCCAACCCAUCAUUAGAUGUAAAACGCCUGAGAGCGAGAUACCUGAGCACUGAACCUGAGGAUUCAGCAUCAAGCUCAGUAGGAGGACUACAGACACCAGGACAGGCCAGCACAUCAUCUACGCACCGCCCACUCCAAGAAUGGGAUGCCUUCCUCCAGGCCUUCCCGGUCACCCUGAAUGGAGAGCCACCAUCCAAACGGCAGUGUGUACAGGCUGGCUUUCCACAGCACAGACACCACUACAAGAAAUGGAGGGAUAUUCAGCUGAAGAAAAGAGUUGGGUACAUUCUCGGUCAGUCAGUUGGCAGAAGAGGUAACCCACCUCAGCCUGCACGUGUGCAGAUGGCUUUGGACAAGGAGAAAUGGCACACCAACAAGCCCACUGUCAAUGCCAUCUUGCAGGCCUGGGUUGCUCCGCAGCCCAGUAUACAAGACAACGAGUCCCUCAUGUCUUCGAUUGCAGAGCAGAAGUGGAAGGGCCUGGCUUUGCAAGACUUCGGGGAACGGAAGGGCAAAGGUGUGAUCGCACUUAUGCCUUUCCACAAAGGGGAUAUCGUGUGCGAUUACCACGGGACAUACAUCAGUGAAGCAGAAGGGAAACGGAGGCCCCAGUCGGGGUAUCUGUUCUUCUUCAGGGACGAGUGUGACCGAGGUAUGUGCAUCGAUGCCACUGCAUUCCCCUGUGCCUGUCAUCCCGACAUUGAAACCUAUGGAAGGCGAAUGAACCAUUCCCGGAAAAAUCCCAACAUCAAGCCCCAGAAGUUUACAAUGAACUUCCCUGCAGGACCUCAGGAGACAAUACUUUUCAUCGCCUUGAAGGACAUCACAGUUGGUGAGGAGCUUUUAUGGGACUACGGAGUAACUCGGAAAUCUUAUGGUGGUGAAGGGGAAGACUUGGAGUGGCUGGACAGCUGACUUUGAUUUUAUCUGUUCUUUUCCUCUUCUCUUUGCUUGGGUUUUUUUAUGCAGUGAUUUUAAUCUUCCCGGAGAUGGCAGUAAUUUGUUUUAAAAAAAAAAACAAACAGCUGUUUUUACAUUGUAUUGCCAGUCAUUUAAAUGUGGUUUGAGGGUUUGUUUUGUUUUGUUUUGCUUUAAUUUACGUAUUGAAAUAAAAAGUGUCAUGUUUCCAAACUUCACUCUGCUUCAUAUUGUAUUAUAUAGGUUCACCGUUUCGUGUUUUAUUGUCAAAGUCUUGUGUUUCCAUGUUCAGGUGUCUUGUUUUGCUUCCCCUGUGACUCCAUUUUAAUUUCUCAUCUGUGUUCCCCAUGUCAUGACGACUCCUGAAGAGCAUGAUGAUUAACAUA